AUGAGCUGUCUGGAUGUUAUGUACCAAGUCUACGGUCCUCACCAGCCUUACUUCGCCUCCGCCUACACCCCCUACCACCAGAAACUAGCUUAUUACUCCAAGAUGCAGGAAGCCCAAGAGUGCAAGGCCAGCCCGAGUCACAGCAGCGGCAGCGGCAGCUCCUCCUUCUCCAGCCAGACUCCCGCCAGCAUCAAGGAGGAGGAAGGCAGCCCGGAGAAAGAGCGCCCACCAGAGGCCGAGUACAUCAACUCCCGCUGCGUCCUCUUCACCUACUUCCAGGGGGACAUCAGCUCCGUGGUGGAUGAGCACUUCAGCAGGGCCCUGAGCCAGCCCAGCAGCUACUCCCCGAGCUGUGCCAGCAGCAAAGCACCGCGGAGCUCCGGGCCCUGGCGGGACGGCUCCUACCCGAUGAGCCAGCGCAGCUUCCCCGCCUCCUUCUGGAACAGCGCGUACCCGGCGCCGGGGCCCGCGCCGCUGGGCAGCCCGCUGGCCGCCGCGCACUCGGAGCUGCCCUUCGCCGCCGCCGACCCCUACGCGCCGGCCGCGCUGCACGGCCACCUGCACCAGGGCGCCGCCGAGCCCUGGCACCCCGCGCACCCGCACCCGCACCCGCACCCGCACCACCCCUACGCGCUGGGCAGCGCCUACCCGCGCCCCGCCGCCGUGCACGAGGUCUACGCUCCGCACUUCGACCCGCGCUACGGGCCGCUGCUCAUGCCCGCCGCCUCCGGCCGCCCGGCCCGCCUGGCACUCGCCCCGGCGCCCGCGCCCGGCAGCCCCCCCUGCGAGCUCGCGGCCAAGGGCGAGCCCACCGGCGCCGCGUGGGCCGCGCCCGGGGGACCCUUCGCCGGCCCCGCGGGAGACGUGGCCCCGGGGCUGGGCCUCAGCGUGGACUCAGCUCGCCGCUAUCCCCUCUGUGGUGCGUCCCUCCUGAGCUGA